AUGUGCAAGCUGUCGACGGUGAUUGUCUUUUCAGACGUCGCCGCAGCGUAUUAUCGCACUGAGCGUGCGCUCACCACGCAGCAGCCGAACAGCCAAUUGCCCGCUGUCCCAGAGGCUAGCACGGAACUCGACCUGGAAUUCCAGCUCGCCCAACCGGGCGCCUUGGCCCAGCAGAGGGCAUCGUCUUGGCUCCAAGCUGUCACACAUGAAAUUCAUUCGGGCACAUGGAUGUCACUUGCCCGCGAUGCACAAAUUGUUCAGACCCGGAGGGGCACCCGCCCCGGGUCUGCUUGGGCGGACCUCUCUUUUGCAGUUCUCGCUGAGAGAAUCCUGCGUGUCCGUGACGCUCAGCGCUCGCCCCUUACUGUUGCCUCCGCAGGUAAGGCCGUACCUUGGGACGGCGCCCGACAUUGGGGCGAUCAGGCUGAGCCCCAGCCCGUCCCCCGUGCCACCCGGAUCGAAGAUAUCAUCUGGGCCGAUGACUUUGCGGUUUGUUUAGGCCCUAGUUCUGCCCUGCAUGUGCGCCCUGUGCUGGCAAACGAGACGGGUGCCCUGGUUGAUGCCUUCGGCUCACAUGGGUUCGAGCUUAGCUUCGGCGAGCGCAAGACAGCUGCACUCGUUUCCCUUCGUGGGGCGAAUGCGCAAAAAGUCAAGCGUGACCUGUUCCGAGGCGAUGCCACCGUCCCGGUGCUUUGUGAAGGGAGGGGUAAUGCCACUCUCCCCCUCGUUCCUGCGUAUCGGCACUUAGGUGUCACUAUCGACCCCUCGGGCAAUAUUGCAGUCGAGUUGAAGUUGCGUUGUCAGCAUGCGUGGGUCGCUUUCCGUGAGCAUCGCACAAAGCCUUUCCGCUGCAAGCGCAUCUCGGUUGCCAGACGAGGUGCGCUUCUCGGGACCUUUGUCUUGACCCGCCUGACCUUUGGGGCAGGCGCUUGGCCGCCCCUGCGUGCCUGUGAAUCCCGUGUCUUUUCGAGGACCUUGUUUGCCCUGUAUCGGGCGACUCUCGCUGUUCCGCGUGACAGUGAUCAGCAUCUUUCCACUGUUGAGGUCUGUUCCUUGGUCGGGCAGCCGGAUGCUGAUACAGUCAUCCAUGUUGAGCGUCUUCGAUACCUCCGGCAGUUAGUCGCUGGUGCUCCGGAUCAGCUGUGGGCGCUGGUUCGGUUGGACUUGCCUUACCUGCGUGCCCUCCGGGCAUCUUUGGCCUGGUUGUACUCCUGGGUCUACCGCACUACCGACCUUCCAUGCCCCCUUGCGGACCCGGAGCCGUGGACUUCCCUCAUGGGCCUCGCCCUCUUGCGAGCCUCGGGAUACGCCGUCCUGCGGGCGCUGCUGCGCAGUUUGCAGGCCCUUGAGGGUGCUCCUGUCGCGCCCUCUGCCACCAGCGAAGGGGUCUUUACUGAUGCUUGUCUCAUCUGUGGCCUAGCCUUCACUUCUCGUGCUGCCUGGGCCUGCCAUGCUUCCAAGAAGCACGGUUACCGGCUUGUGACCUCUCAGAUGGCGGGGGCCAAUGAACGGCUUUGCCUGGGUUGCGGCAAGUGUUUUGCCAAGCCAGCUCGGCUGCGCCGGCAUCUCCUGAAUAGUGUUCAGUGCCGGAAGUCCUGGGGCUCCUUCCAGCCAUCCUCGGCGUCUCUCCCCGCCAUGCAUGCCCUGGCACUCCCCGUCUGUGUCCCGGGAGUCCUAUCGGGGGCCCCUGCUGCGACCGAUCCUGCUUCAUUCCACAGGGGGUUGCUGGAAGCCUUGACUGCGCUGGACCGGGUUGACUGUGACACAGCUUGGUGCCUUGUCAAGGACUUCGUUGAGCCUCUGUCUGUUCUGAAGACAACGGUUGGCAUGUGGGCCGCCGGGGCGGGUGCCACACCUGACGUUGUGGAAGCAGCAGCCGACAUCCAGUUGAUGCUCGAUCCCCAACUGUGUUGUGACGAAUUUCGCGCCUCCCGUACCUUGGGGGAGAGCGCGGCUGUCUUCGCAGACCUUGCGUGGCAUCCGCCCUGUCCUUUCCCCUUCGUCCUUUCCGGGGAGGUUGCCGUUUUCCGGCUGGAGGAGCCGCCCCUCCAGGGAUACGUGUAUCCCUUUACACAGAGUCUGCCUUUGGGGGUUGCCACGAGGUUCAUGCGCUGGUUUGAAGUCUGUUGCGAUGUUUUAGGAGCAUUUGCACAGACGUCUGCAGUGCACCCUGUUUGCCUCUGCGCCUCUUGCGCAGCACUGGAAGCGCUCGAACCGGCUCGCGCCUGGCUCCUACGUGCGGGGUUUGUACAGACCGCCGAGGGCCUCCGAUCACCGGCUUCUUGA